AUGCAUCUCCAAAAUCUUCUAGUAUUCACUGCUCCGGUCCUGGCUCUGUCCUACCGCUUCAACCCCCUGGAACAUUCCGCCGGGAUAGCUCCCUACUUCACCCCUCACAACCCUCCAAUCCAAUCCUCUCCCCCACAGGGAUGCAAUGUGACGAGAGCAUCUUAUCUGGUUCGCCAUGCUGCCAUUUACGCCAAUGACUUCGAUUACGAGACCUAUCUCGAACCUUUCAUCGAAAAGCUACACAACACAACGCAAGACUGGAAGAAAACAGAGUCACUCAAGUUCCUGUCCAAUUGGACUGCACCAGUUAGCGACGAGCACAUUGAAAAAUUGACUGCUGUUGGAUUGCAAGAGGCCCGGUCUCUGGGAAAGAGCCUUCACAAGAAAUAUGCACACCUCAAAACACCUGCCAAGGUCUGGUCAUCCACUGCAGACCGCACCGUCAAAAGUGCCGAGAGCUUCAUUUCGGGUUUCACUGGAAAUAACACAAAAUCGGUCAACUUGACUCAGAUUGAAGAAAGUAAAACCGCUGGCGCGGAUUCCCUGACACCGUACAAGGGCUGCUCGGAGUACAGCUCUUCUUACGGCAGUGACCAAUCUUCUGCCUUCAUAAAAGUCUACACAAAGCCCAUCAUUGCGCGUUUGAAAGCCGAAGCACCCUCUUUCAACUUCACCCAGGACGACAUCACAGGCAUGUUCGAGCUCUGCGGAUAUGAGACCGUCAUCCGUGGCUCUUCACCAUUCUGUGCACCUAGCCUAUUCACAUCAGAGGAAUGGCUAUCCUUCGAAUACGCAAAUGACAUCAUGUACUUCCACAACACAGGCUAUGGUCGGGACCUGUCUGCCAGCCUCGGUUUCCCAUGGGUAAAUGCCAGUGUUGCAGCGCUGGAUGAUAAGUCAUCAGCACAGGAGCUAUACGUCUCCUUUACCCACCGCGAACUCCCACCCACCGUCAUCACUGCCCUUGGACUGUACAACAACAGCGCGUAUACGGGCGCGAACCACGUGAAUGAGACCAUGCCCGAGGACAGAGUCAACUACAACCGCGCUUGGAAAAGCAGCGAAAUCCUCCCAUUCCUUACCAAUGUUGCUAUCGAGAAGAUGUCUUGCAAGAGCUAUGGCUAUGACGAGGGAGAAUACUACCGAAUCUUGAACAAUGCUACUCCUCAGCCUUUGGUGGAUUGUCGAGAUGGGCCAGGUGGGAGUUGUUCAAAGAAGCAGUUCCACAAAUUCCUCAAGGAAAGAGAAGAACAGUUUGGAGAUUACAACAAGGCUUGCGGUGGUAGUGAUCUGCCUGAGUCUCUGUCCAUCUACGAAGCUUAA